AUGAGUCCCGGGGAGACGACGACACCAGAACUCCCUCACCGGAGGGGACCUUCCCCAAUGGACCACUCAGAGAGCAGCACGGCUUACUUGCCUGUGAUGCCCUUUGUGAGCAUGAAAAGCUGGAGUGCAGCAGCAGAAGCGGCAGCAGAAGCAGAAGCAGAAGCAGCAGAAGCAGCAGCACCAUGGAGUCCUGGUGAUGAGGACUUGCGUCUUGUGGACGGGUUGCCGAAGCAAGCAGAGCUUCGCGAGUCGUCGCGGGCGGUACGAACGUUAUUUGCAGCAGUUGUAGUUGUUUUUUUCCUAGCCCUUGGGUGCCGCGUGUCUCUCCAGCACCUCAACAGGCUCCUGCGGAAAGAACGACACCAUGGUUUACGGCUCGAUUCGACGGGGCUGCGGCAGCUUGAGGAGGAAUUGGAUGCUGCUGAAGCAGCACUCAUGAGCGGAUGGGGAAAAGCGUCUCCUGUUGUGCAGGAGGCGUUUCAACGAAGCUUCAUGCCAAAGGGAGGGGGAACCACUUCUCAGGGAGAUUGUUUGUUGCCAUUUCAGGAGCGGCUGGGUGAGGCGCAGCAGAUGGUGCGAUGGCUGCAGAAGCAACAGGACCUGCCGCAGGGUCAGCAGGACGUGCAGGGGCAAAGUGCUGAGUUGCGCACCGCUGCGUUGCAAGUGGUUCUGGUGAAAAGCAUAACUUCUGCAGCCGCUGAGCGUGUCUCGUAUUUGAACGAUCUGGAAAGCUUGUGCGAUGAGUGGGGAAUAGGAUCUGUUCUGCUGCAGCGGGAGCAACCGUCGUUGCAGCUUGAUCAGGAGGAGGAAGGCAUGGUUGACGGCAUGUCUUUUCCGGAGUUUCUAUUCCUGCUUCAGCAACAAGGUUAUGGCAAGAGCGCCUAUCCAAAACCCGUCGGGGGGGCUCCGGGGGAGCCGGGGUCUGAUGUGGGGGAGUCUGUGCCGCGGAAGUUGGGGGAGCGACUGGUGGGGGUGUUUUUAUCUUCGCGCAUGCGUCACGAAUCCGAUGCGCGGGUGCAGAGCAUAUUUCAAGGUUUUGUGGAUACGUACAACGAAGCAGUUGGGAGGGGAGCAGAGGAAGGGGUGAACGAGCGAAUUGUGGGAUGGUCAGAGAGCAUCGAAUUGAAUGCAGGAACAGGGGAGACCUUCCCUGUGUUGCUUUUCGAGGGUUUUCUCGGUGAGGUUAGAGGUAACCUGCAGCACGGGGGUUUGAAGCACCGCGUAGACGAACACAUUGUCUGGGUUGCAGGGGACUGGGGCUUGGAUCGCUGCACAAAGGGGAUCGCAAACAUUCAGCAAGAACAAAAAACAAGCGAAAUUAAAAACCGUAUUGACAAAAUGAAAAUGGGUGCGCAAGCACGCAUCGUCCUAGCCUCCGCCCCACUUGUACAGGCAUCCCAACCAGACGCCAACUCGUUAGGGUCCCUUUCCCUCGCUUUGUCGCUUCUCUAG